CUAAAUACCGAGUAAGUGUGGGCGAGCUAUUAACCUUAGAAGGUAUAUAAGAGGCAAAAUCUUUCAGACGCCGAAUCUUGAGUAUUUCUGACGGCUGGAGAGACUUUAGGAAUUCCUUACUACUUUCUUUCAUGAAAGGCUCGCUAUGAGGGUAAAAAGCAGUCUACUAAAAUGGUUGGUAAUACUGCUGUUCGUAUCCCAACUUGCAAAAAGUGACUCUUUCUAUAAACUUGAAUCAAGAAGCUCGACUUGGAAUACGAGAAAUAGAAACGGCUUAUCGGUCAAGUCCCCUUUUCUGGAAGUUAUACGGCAUAGAACGUUAGAUAUAAGGAACAGCAGUCCAGAAACGUUGAAUGAUGUUACAGAUUUCAGAAACAGUUUUGUCACUUUUAGGACACGAGUUGAUUAUAGAGUGCUUCGAGCGAAAGACAUGGCUGUAAGUCCGACUUUUAGGUUAGGCUCCCAAAAGUCUGAUGUUCCAAAGGAAACAAAUUACGGAAAAGAAACCCCACUUUUUGAGAAGAAAAUGGAUACAGCAAAUUUGAAAAGAAAUGGAUUAUUUCGAAAGACCAAAAACACAGCAGUUCAGAUAAAUGGGAGGAGGCUAUUGAUCAGAAGUAAACAACCGAAAAGCGAUGGUAUUAGAAAUGUAAGGACAAAGAUGAUUAUUGAUAACAGCCUCCAAAGCAGAUCUCUAACUUCUUUUGAUAACCACAGAAAAUCACUGGUACGUAGACAGGAUUUACGACAAGUCCAAGGAAAGCAGGUUAUUUCUGACAGAAAAUUCUAUAUGAUUAGUGCUAGAAAAAUGAAAGAUACUAAACAGAUGAUAAUGAAAACUACUCCAAUGGAUAUUAAGCAAUCAGAAGCCAGGCUUUAUUCAUUUGAGUUCUUUUCACCCUCUUCACAAAGAAACAGUAUUUUCCGAAUUCAUGCAAGUGGUAUGGCUAAAGUUAAUUUAAGAAUAAAUAAUAGGAGAAACAGUCAGAUCAGUAAAAGUUCACUAAGGUCUCGGGAUGGUGCCCGAAAUAGUGACAGAAGAAUAAAUUUGUCACAUCUAAUCGUUACACCUGAUGGAAAAAGUAUUAAUAGAAACCCUGUUUAUGAAAAUAAAGAAAGGAUCCCUCAAGGCAAAGAAUUUGAAGUAUCAACAAUUAGGAAAAAGGUGGUUACAGAAAGCAUAGCAGCAAUAUUUAAAAAAAGAUCUAUUAACAUACUGAAGCGUGAUUCUCGAAGCAUCUUCUCGGUUAGACACAGUGCAACUCAAAGAUUUUCCACGACUCGAAAAUCAAGUUCAGAAGAAAACUUUUCAACUCAGCAUUACAGAAGAAAGAGUUUAAGUGAUGAAUUGAGAAGAAAUACAAGACGUGACAAUAAUUCGCGAAUUUCGAAUAAUAAUAUGGAGAACAAUGUUCUGCAGGAUAAACACAGGAAAGAAACUGAUCUCGGUCACCAGACUGGUCGGAGAUAUCAAAGAAUACUUCACUCUAGAUCAAACAGACGGCAGAAUGAUCAGCAGCGAUGGAAUAUCAAGAGUGGUGACGAAAUUAGGACUACCAGAAGGAGACAAAACUUUGGAGUCCAGAAGAUAGAUCUAAACAGAAAUCUUCGUAUUCAACAUUUUAGAAAAACGUCAGGCUUAUAUUCAAGAAAGAUGGAAAAUACUAUUAGUUUUACUUCACAAAGAUAUUUGAACGAUAAAACUGGUAAAUAUUCUGGAUAUGUAAAGGAAUCCAAAAGCUUAUUCACGACUAGUCAAAAUGAUGAAACAGCGCAUGUAAAACAGAUGUCUAGAGGAAGGUUACAUGUAGCUGAUAAACAAGCACAAAGAAAUUUCAAGAAUUUCAGAAAUGAACACACCAGGGAAACCAUUAAUGAUCCUCGUCCUCUUGAUGACGUAACAUUUGAUAAGACCUUUGAUCAUAUUAGAAAGAGAAGAGAUAACAAUGUUGAUGCUUUACAUGCCGUUCGUUCAUCUAAGAAAUUGAGAUCAAAUAUCUUGAGGAGAAACGAAAGAAGAGAAUACUACGCAGGUACUUCAAGAAGAACAGUCAAAUCUUCCCAAGAAGAGGUAAAAAUCCAAAAUGGGCCAAAUGAAAGACUGUUCAUCAAUAAUAAUAUAGAAAACGACAAUAAUCUAAAAAAAUUCCGGAAUGUCUAUAAAACUAUUCUGAGUCGCCAAAAUGGGAAAAGAUUUCGAGAAAUGCCCCUAGAAGAACGAUAUGCCAACCAAGAACGAUGGACAUCAACAAAUGAUUUCGGAAUUCGAAAAUUUGAAAGAAUAAGACCUAAUAAUGUGGAAAUUAAACUCUUCCAGAAUUUGGAUAGAGUCAUUCUGAACUGCCGAAAUGGGAGAGGUUUUAGAGGAAAGUUCCUAGAAAGCCGAUAUGCCGGCCACGACCGACGGACAUCAAGAAAUCACUUGGAAACUCGUGAAAACAAAAGAUUGGGAAACAGAAUAGGUGUUCUUCGUAGAAAAGACUAUCCGAAGAUUCAAGAUAAAAACAUGAAUAAAAGAAAAAUUUAUAGAAAUACAAGAAAAAUCUUCAUUAGCAUAAGUAGAGAAUUUUUAAGAAAAGAAAGAAGCUUGAGGUUUGGAAACAGCAUGGACGAAGUAAUCGACGCUCAAAAAACAGUCGUAAUGAGCAAUGAAAAAAUAAGCAGAAUGACUGUAGAAAACAAUAAAAACUUUCCUUCUGAACAAAUGCAGCUAAUGAGAAUUUCAGUGAACGGCGAUAGGAAACAAAGACAACAGCGUGAAAUUUCAGUUUCUAAAGUACGAAUAGAGAAAUAUAUAGCUUCACCUAUAAAGCAAAUAUAUCAAAAGGAUAAAGAUUUUACUGCAAUUAGAAAACUUUUAUUUAGAGAACAGAAGCUGGAUGUUCAGACGCAUCGCACAACAAUGAUUAAAAACAAACGACUGCUUUACAGACAAUCACGUAACUUGCAAAUUAGUAGAAGAGAAAAUUCAAGAUCUGGGAGAAGCUCUACAAUAAUCAAACGAAAUGAUAUGCGGGAUGUAUCUGAAGCACAGUUCACCACUCAAAGGUAUUCUAGGUAUUCUGAUACUCGCCUACAUUCAGAAAUAAGAUCUCACAAACGAAUUAAAAACUCCGUACGAAAGGUGUCUCUGACCAACAAUCGCUUUUCAAAUCAGUUUGUUAGUACAAUCAGCUUGGAAAGAAGCAGAUUUUCAAGUCUUCGAACUGAAGGUUACAGAAAAGUAUCAUUAAUACAGCAAGCUACAGUUUUAAUGGAAAAGGAUCUUUCAAUUUCUGGAACUAUAAUAAAUAAUUACAAACUUCAAUUUAAAAGUACGUUUUCAGGAAAAUUUUAUUUAAGUGAGAAAGAUAUCACCCGUUGCUACAAAGUAGAUUCAUUUGAAAAUUCUUCAUUCACAGAAACAGUAGUUUCUCGAGCAUUUUAUGAACAACAAAAUUAUUUUAAGCCUAUUACUUUUGCUGAUGUUCAGAAUAAUACACACCAGCCGGAUUCUCAUAAUUAUAAUAUUUUUUCCAUCUUAGGAAAUUCGAAACAGAAAUUCAGAAUAUUACGUACUUCUAAUGGUGCAAGCAGUCAAAUUAGAAUUGUCAACGAUGUCCAUUCACAUCAUUACGCAAGGACAAUGUUUCACCAUUUCCACGCAUCCCCUACACAAACUGUAAAUAUACGAACUAGGUCAUCAUACUUCUCCUUUCCAGUUAGUCAACGAAGAAACAAAGUAUUCAGAAUGAAAAAUAAAAGCAUUAGAUUAACUAAAGGAUAUACCCCAUUCGAAUCUAAUUAUUUUGGAACUUCCUUUUCAAAAAGCCAGAAGAACAGAAAUAUAAAGUUAUCGAAAGCUAUAACUGAUUCUACUAAAACCUCGCCUUUACACGAAUGUUUCAUCGAGCUGCCUGUGCAUAAUAUUGCCAGCUGUAUAUCGUUCAAAUCGAAUUUCAGCCACAACGAAGGAAAAAACAUCUUUAGACCACAUAUGAAAUCUAGUAUUCUUUCAGUUUCACGCUCUUCAACGAAGUCUUCCAGAGUUAGAAGUUUGCCUGAAAAUAAGAGUCCGCCUGUGAAUCAGUUCCUAUCAGUCACUGAUAACGAACCCCAGACACGCUGGUUUGAAUCUAUAAUUUUAAGGAAAAGCAACAUUAUCUCCUUUUUCUCCAAUAUUGUCAUGGGACUUGGAAUUCUGAUGGCUGUUUCAGAUGAUAGAAAUAAAGGAAUUCAAUACCGCUUCAGAAACCGAUUUUCCAACUGUCUUGACCGACUCCUAACUCUUGUAUGAUUUUAUGGUACACUUCCAGACUUUCUUGCAUACGAAAUCCAGAUUUUCUUGUACGAAAAAUUCUUGCAUUCUAUUAAUUUUGAUGUUAACAUAUGAAAAUAUAUGUUAUGUACAGUGUGUUGCAGUUACUUUAUAGUUCACAGCUAGUGUCUAGUAUAAAAUAAAAAGUUGUUCUGCAAGAAAA